AUAUAUACACAAAUAAGAGCUCGUGAUGUUGCUAUAUUUUUUUUGCUGAAAAUCAUUAUCCUGACAAAUAAAGUUUGUGAGCACAUUGCAAUUAGUCUCACGAUGAUUUUGCAAUUAAUGACGUCGAUAUCGUUUUUUAACCGAUAUUGUGUGAUUUGAGAUGCUGUUUUCAGAUUAUGUUUUGCUUUGUUGAUAUUGGCAAAAGUUCUCACAUCAAUUUCGAGGCAUCAUAGUGGCGUAGGGCGGGCAAAAUAACGACUUAACGGUCCUUCGAUCAAAAUACAUCGAUCACUGGAUCAUAUUUAUAGUCAUAUUCACAUGCAGGCAAGACAAUACACCUCACGACGAUAUGGCGCUUAUGUUUUUGUAUUUAAUUGUGGUUUAUGACAUUAUUCUUUCAAAAAAACGCAUUUGUUCUUCCUAAAGAAUAAUUUAAAUGUUAUAAUUAAUUUAUGUCCUAAUCUUGUCACAUCUUCAACGUUUUCUUUUGACACAAUCCUUCAUCUCAAGACUCGCUAUUUUUGGAACAGUAAGCCUAUCGUCCGGCUUAACUUCAGACACACGCGUCGUGAUAAAAUAUAUUUUAAUCAAUUUCAAAUAUAUCCCCCAUGAUCAUAAAUUAUUCUCAAUUUUUCACUAUUCACGUUGAUGCAAAUCUCGUUUAAUUGCAGUUUAUUCUUUACUGCAUUACUGGAAUGUAAAAUUGUUGGCAACUCGCUUGAUGGCCGCGGGUUAUUCGCCUUCAUUUCUUUAGUACACCAAUCACUUUUGCUCUAAAGACGUGUAAAAAUGCAUUAUUUAGGUCUAAGCAUACUGAAAUUAACAUUUUUCAAUCAUUUUGGAAAGUUCCUCUCCUAUGUUCAAUCAAGGCAGCCGAUUUUCGAGAGAAUCCGUUGAUGAGGCAGGUGUUCAUCUAUUGACCUUCUGCAUAGAUUAUCUUCCAUUCACUUCUGGAACAUCAUUUUGUGGGAAUUUUCCAACCAAAACAAAUCAUUCUGCAUUGUUGCAACUCUUUUGAAACACGCAAAAUGCGGUAGUCUAUAGUCAGUUUCACCGCACAAGAUCAGUGGAUGAUGCCUGACUACGAUUCCUAAUGCAUAUAUUCGUAUGCGAUAUGGCUUUAUUGAUGUAAAAAACAUUUUAUGAGCAGACCAUGGCGAUCAAUUAUAAGCGUCAUUCACAGUCAUAUUCUUCAAAAGGAGAGUACAAUAUCCAAUGCAGGUUGUUUUCAGUCAAGUUAACUCGCCUUCAAAUUAUGAAGAAGAUGGAGACAAAUCUAAACGAUGUCGUUAUUUCAGUGUCGAUGCAGGGGUCACGAAGAGUUCUUCGGUCAAAUGAAAUCAAUCUUCCGCCAUCAGGAUUAAUCGAUACUGACCUAGACCUGUCUUUCUCCCUGCAGUAUCCACAUUUCUUGAAGCGAAGUCGAAACAACGUUCAGAUUAUGAUUCAAAGAAGAAAACGCUACAAGACGAGAGCCAUUUUGGGUUUCAAGACUUUAGCUGUUGGCCUUGUCAACUUAUCCGAGAUCCUGCAGUAUCCUGUCAGUGCUAAACGGCCCCUCCAUAUGCACAUGAAAGGAGAUUCAACAAUACUAGCGACUGUGACCAUGACUAACCUCAUAAGUCAACCGGUCGAAAAUGAUUUGGAUCGUGAAUUACCUGAGCGAAAUUCUGAUGAUCGAGCAUUAGAAGAUAACUCAAGUGACGAAGAAGAUGAAUCCUACAGUUCAGAUGGUUCUGACAGCGCUGGAGAAAUGGAACCAGUUCAGGAUAUCUUAGGUCCUUCAACAAAGGGAAGAAAAGCUAAGUUUAGGCCGAAUCAAAUAAAGUUUAAGAAGAAGUUUAUUGCACUUCUUAAGAAGUUCAGAGUCCCUGAGGAAGAGGUGUUUGGUGAGGGUAGUCCUCGUGAAGCCGAAGGUGGUGAUAGUAUGGCUGAUGAUGUCAUCUACCCUGAAGACUUGGAGAUAUUUGACAGUGAUGCGGAUAGCGACGUGGAACUUGGUGAUAAUGCCAGUAUUAAAUCACAAGAUAAGCCAAAACUGAGGCCGUACUUUGACCGGGCAGCAUCUGUUGACAGCAUGUACGUCGAGAAGAAGUCGAAAUCUGGACAAGGAGUGAAGAAAAUGACAAGAUUUGACAGUGAAGAGUCGACAGAGGCCGAACAUCCAACACAGGAAGUGUCAUCACCGCACUCGGAUUCCGAGCGCCACUCGGACUCACCCGCCGCGCACUCGGACACACCUCUCGCCCACAAUCAAUUGCGGAAGUUGAAGGACAACAGCAGUAAAACACGACGAAGUUUGUCGGUCAAAGAAGUGAAAAACAAAAACAAAGCGAAGCUGGAGAGAAGGAAAAGCGAUCUAGAAAUACAGGACGUACCGAAGAUCACAGUUUCGGAACAGCUGUCGUCCUGUUUCCCCCCGGAUGACGAUCGAUUACCUCCCAGUAUUUUGAUGGUCAGUACCUCGGAGUGGCAAGGCCAGCUUUUGGCACUAAAAUUGAAAGAAAAACAAUCGAGAAUUAUUUGUACGAAUUGUGACAGCGAAGUUCAAGAUGUAAUCGCUGCAAUUCUUAUCAAAUAUCAAAAAUACUGUCAUAAUCAUUCAAUAUCACCUCCUUGUUUGAAAAUUGCUAUCGCUGGAACAGAAGGUUACAUCGGAGUUGUUUUAAGACCUUUCGUUGAACAAUUUUCGUCCAAACCAAUGUGGCAAAGUUAUAUAAGAUUUCUUGUUAUUCCGCUUGAUAGCAAUCAUUCUGUUGGUAAAUACAUUUCACACGUCGAUUCUGCGUACAGUUCCUUGUUUAUGGACAGCAUAUGGAGGGACAUCUUUGAAAAACCUGAUUCAAAUGCAGAUUUUGAGACGGUAAAUCAACGCAUCAACACGUACGUCAAAGGAGCGAAUGUGACACACCAUUUGCCGAUUGCAGAGGCCCUUGUUAAUAGACACGGAUUUGACGAGGAUUCUUCACGAUUCAUACCAUUUGUUGGGAUGGUACGCAUUGGUUGUGCUGAAUUAGGUGAAACUGAAGAUAUUGUCAAUGGUAACACUACAUCGCCGAGCACAUUACAAAUCUCCAAUCACAAAGACUCUAGUCAGAACAUGAACAUCUCCAGCGCUAGUCCUCCUAAUGAAUCCAAACUUGGAUCAACUACGAACAAAGAAAGCAAUCCUCAGAGUUCAACGUCAUGUAAUGAAGUUAUGGAUCUACAGGUGGACUACUGGACCGCUGGAGGAAAGAAAGAAGGCAGUAAGACAACGUUAAAGACAGCAUUCAAAUCAUUGGUAGUGAGUAGGCAUCAUAACAUCGAGGAACCAGGGACGUUGCAAAUGAUUGCCACGACUAAAGAACAGAAUAUAAGAAAAGUUCAUGCGAAGUCUGCUUUCGAGGCGAUGAUGAGAGGUAAAAAGUCAAAAGAACGAGAUUCUGACGCAAAAGGUCCAAUCGUUGCCAACGUUACCAAACUUGUCUGCACGUCAAAAAGUCAGAGUGAUUCACUAAAUGUUGUUAUCGAUGGUGUUUCCUGGGACGGUGUUAAAUUCUUCAGUCUAUCACCUCAAUGGUCAAGACAUGUUAAGACUUUUCCAAUUGGUUUGAUUGGUCCUGUAGAGACGUGUUUCUAGGAAUUAAAGGAAUCUUAAAAAUUAUGGAAAUUUGGUACAAAUCAGCGCUGUUCGUCCCCAAAACGGUAAUGUGUCGCCUAUUCAAAAUGGCGCAUCUGCAUGAUCGUUUGUAGUAAUCAACUUGAUUACUUGAUUACUGGUUGUAUGAGAGUCGGAUGGCGCUAUCCGCCGGAUAGUGAUUUUUGCAACCGUUCUAAAAAUGCUUGAAGAGCAAUAUAUUGUUAAAUAGGUUACUCAAUUUAGGAAUACUAAGAUUUAACCAAAGUUAUACUCAAAGUUAUCCGGCGAUUUUAAAGCGAUUGAAAAAACCACUGUCUGGUGGAUAGCGCUAUCCGGCGCCUUUCAUACAACCGGCUCCUGUACUGUACUUAGUGUGUACGUGUGAGUGAUUUUUGUUUAGCGACCGAUGAAAUUUUCUUUAAAAGAGAACACUUGUAUUUGCCUGAGAAUUUAAAUGCGAGCGUUCUUUCGCCAAUUUGUAAAUCUAGUAUAAUGUAUGAUUAAUAACGCAAUACAGAAAAUCAUGCAUUAUAACAUGUUGACAUCUAUGCAAGGAAAUGCAAUCAUGCAGUCUCUAUAAUGACAACUUAAUAGAUCAAAAAGUAGUCUCUAUAAAGUUGUAUAAUGCAAAAGGUCUAUUGGUCCGAAUAUUUUAAAAUUGAUGGUUAUCAUGAAACA